AACACAGCUCCCUACAUCAGGAAACCCGGCAUUACUCUCAAGCGAUUUUCUACAGCAUUUGAACACGGAACAACCUGCUGAGGCCAUCUGAGUCACGUUUCAUCAUGCUCUCCAUGUCCGAGUGUGUGUCUGAUGACAGCUAUGAGGAGUGCCGGACCACAGCUGACUGGCUGCUCUCCAACACACAAGUGCGGCCGACUGUGGGAAUCGUAUGCGGCUCAGGUCUGGGCGGGUUGGCUGAGAUGCUCAAGGACCCGCAGGUCUUCAAAUACAGCGACAUUCCCAACUUCCCCCGGAGCACAGUGCAUGGUCAUGCUGGCCAGCUGGUGUUUGGAACACUAAAAGGCAAGCCGUGUGUUUGCAUGCAGGGCAGGUUCCACCUGUAUGAGGGCUACCCCAUCCAGAAGAUCACGCUGCCCAUGCGCAUCUUCAAGCUGAUGGGCGUGGAGACGAUGAUCCUGACCAACGCGGCUGGAGGUCUCAACCAGGACUACAAGGUGGGAGACGUCAUGAUCAUCAAGGACCACAUCAACAUGCCGGGCUUCGCUGGAAUCAACCCUCUGGCUGGACCCAACGAUGACAGGUUUGGCGUUCGCUUCCCCUGCAUGUCCGACGCCUACAACCGCGAGCUGCGCCAGCUGGCACACGACGUGGCGGCGGAGCUGGGCUACGACUUCCUGAAAGAGGGAGUGUACAGCGUCGUCGGAGGGCCCUCAUUUGAAACCAUCGCUGAGUGUCGCAUGCUGCAUAGGCUAGGCGCCGACGCUGUUGGGAUGAGCACCGCCCACGAGGUGAUCGUUGCCCGCCACGCCGGCAUGCGUUGCUUCGCCCUCUCACUGAUCAGUAACCGGGCGGUGAUGGACUACGACAGCCAGGAGAAGGCCAACCACGAAGAGGUCCUGGAGACGGGCAGGGUGAGGUCCCAGCAGCUGGAGAAGCUGGUGUCCAUCAUGGUGGCUCGGCUGGAGCAAAACAACAACGACGACAACGCCUUCUGAACGCCGACAGAACCUGACGCCCGGUCCUGAGUCCGCUGUCCUGCUUUAUCUCGGGUUUAGUACUUGAUAAAGUAGUUUCUUCGCAAAGCCUCAUUUCUGAAAUGUUUCCACUGACCGUUACUUCACGUCUUAAGGUCUUGGAAACAGGUAAAAUUUUAUACAUUCCUCUAUCAGUAGCUCUCUGACAAAUUCCCCGUUCUGUAUUCAGACAACUGUAGUGUUUCAGUGAAACAGCAUCAUAUUGUAAAUUCUAACUUAAUAACUUUUAACUUAAUAUAAAAUAUUUAUUGUUUCAGUUCUUUUACAUUCCCUGAUAUCAAUAAACAACCCAUACAAAUACAGUGAUAUUCACAUUUCUAAUGUAGAAGACCAACUCAUCAAACAUAUCCACGGCAGAAAUAAUAAUUUCAUAUAGUGUAAAAAAAAAAAAAAAAAAAAAAAAAAGGUGUC